CAAGACUCCAGCAUGAGGAGCAGAACUCACAUGUUAGCUAACAGUUACAGAGAGGACGCUUACACUGCAGUAGAAGUUUCUGACAUACACUCUCAUACUGGGGAAUACCGAGAAAAUGUCUGCGGCUAAAGUUAAAAUGCGGGAGAAGAAGAUGAGAAAUCAGCCUGCCAGUGUGCAGUAUUCAACUUCUACAUUAAAUGAGGACAGAAACGCUCAGAACGGAGGAGACACGUCUGUCACCGGUGGUCCGUCUGAUGGGCAAACCUCUGCAGAAAGGCAGAAGAAGCCUCCUCAUCGAAGUGGAUGGGUCCGAGGACAUCAUAAAGAUGGUGGAGGAUACGCCAAGGACAUGCCCAAGUACAUCACUGCUGGACUUUUUGCCAGGGCCAGGUCUGCAGAGGUGAAAGCUAUGCUGAAAGCCGUCACCAAGACAACAGGCAGCAGCCAUGUGUUUGGAGCUCUGCCCAAACACAUGAGGAGACGAGCCAUGAGCCACAACACCAAGCGGCUCCCUCGCAGACUGAGAGACGUAGCUAACAGAAUGCGGGAGAAGAGUCUUCAGGCCGGCUCAAAGAAGAAGAAGGAACAGGCGAAGAACAAGAGCCGCAAGGCCCGCCGUCGGCACGGAAACCUGCUGCUGGAGUUCAACCGCCGUCAGCGGAAGAACAUUUGGUUGGAGACGCACAUUUGGCAUGCAAAGCGUUUCCACAUGGUUAAAAAGUGGGGUUACUGCCUUGGGGAUAGACCCACAUACAAAUGCUACAGGCCCUGCUACAGAGCCAUGAGCAGCCACUGCCUCCUGCAGGAUCUUUCUUAUUACUGCUGCAUAGAACUACAGGGAGAGGAAGACAAGCUGCUGGCUGCUCUGUCACAGAUGACUAGCAAGCAGGCCGGUCCUACAUUUGCUGCAGCACUGUGUCUGUCAGGGUGCAGACAGGGCAGUGUUACAGUUUACAGGGCAGGACAGUUCCCUUCACAGCCCCUCGGCCCUGUCACCUUCCUGUGGAGACCCCGAACACAAGACUCAACUCAUAGGCAGCUGUGGAUCUGGGCUCAUCCCACACUUAAGCCGGACCUUCUCCCUGAAUUACAAGCUGUGUGCCAGUGUUGUGAAGCUGUACUGCCCCCAGUCGUACCAGUGGUUACACCCGCAGAGGCUAAUCCCAUCCUAGAGCCAGAGUCAAGGCCUGAAAACCCACCUGAGGCAAAGCCAAUACCUGGAACCAAGAGAAAGCGAAGCUCUAAGGAUGCUGGUGGACCUCCUGCAAAGAAGAUCCUGGGAGAUGGGACCAGAUUACCGACCACACCGGUCACCUGGAAGUCCAGCUCAACUGGAAUAGUUAUAAAUGAUCUCACAAUGGAGAUGGUACGCUAUCGCCUGAUUGGACCACAGUCCCAUUCUGUGUUGGCAGAAACUUUGGAAGCAGCUACAGCCUGUGAUGAAGUGGAUAAAUCCCAGACCUCCACCCUCUGGUGGCCUCAGCACUGCAAAGAUGAGAGCAACAUGAGUCUGCAUCAACAACAGUCGGAUGUUUUUCACAUACUAAAAGGCAUCUAUUCCACCGGAGAGCUGCCUUCAGGCACAGUACUGGGUCUGACUGUAGAUGACCCCAGGCUGACUUUACCAACAAAGAAGGUUAAGGCUUUGCCCUCUGUAAAGCAGGCACAAGAGGUGGAGGAGGAGAAGAGGGAGGAGCUGAUGUUGGGAGGAGUACCAGCACACUGCUGUCAGAGUUUUUUGUGGGAACAGUCUGUCCGCGACAACGUCACUGAUAAUAAGAUAUCUGAGCAGGAGUUGAACCGUAUGAGGAGUGAGGUGCUGGUGCCGGGUUCCAGGCUGAGCCCGACUCCCCUGCAGGGCAGAGUCCCAAUUCUGCUGGUUCAUCAGCCUGGCAAGCAGGUGGGACAUGAGAUGAACUCCUGGGGGGCUGGAUUCGAUCUGCUGCUCCCUAAAGGCUGGGGCAUGGCCUUCUGGGUGCCACUGGUGUACAGAGGAGUUCGCAUAGGUGGGCUGAACAUGAGCCUGAAGCACUCUCAAAAUAAAGCGGCGCCCCACUUUCCCCACGAUUAUCCAGACUGCCCUGCAGGUGUUCGUUUGCAGGAGGAGCAGGAGGCUGAGCUCCUGGACAAGUUCAAAAGGCAUCCGCCCGCCAAAAGGACCAAUUACAUUAAACACGGCUGUCUGGCUCCUUUCUGUUGCCCAUGGCAACAGCUGGCAGAGGAGUGGGAGCUCAUUAUGAGAGAUGGAGGAGAGGAGAGGAAAGAAGACAGCCAGAUCCAAACCACAACACAGACUGACAGCGUGAUGGAGGAGAAGAUGACAUCACAAGACAUCACUGUGACAAGGCCUCCGAGCCGUUUCACUAUACUGAGGGACAGAAAGUCUCUGAGGCUGCUUUCUGGUUGGUGCAGACCCACGACAUCCAAAGGUCAGAGGCCGGUUCGUGUCGGGGAGGUGCCGCCUCUCAGCCGCUCAGCCGCGAUGUCGUUUCUUGCAGCCCAUGGGAUGAGUCUGGUGUGGGUGCGUCUAUCACUGUUUUCAAAAGGCAAACCGGCGUUCCAUGCCAUGCUGUGUGUGCCAACUGCAGAGGACCUGAAGCUGCUGGGCAAAAAGCAAGGAAACGGUGGCCCCCAGGAGCCCCUGCACAGAGACCAUUUUAAAAGCAGAAUUAAAUGCCGGAAGAAGGACCCCAAAAAAGCUGCCACAUCGUCUGUAUCCUCUACAAAGCCUGAGUGUAAAGGCUCAGACUUCCCCUCUGCUUCUGACCCUGAUCCCACCACAUCUGAAGACCCUCAGUCAUCCUCCCAGGCUUCCUCAGACCUCAUCCUAGGGUUGUGGCCGGAUCCUCUGCCCAGUGUCACCUCUCACUGCUCCCGGGUGACUCUCGGCUGGGCCACUCAGGGUGAUUUCUCCCUGUCGUCAGGCUGUGGGGAGGCUCUUGGGUUUGUUAGUGUUGCCGGUCUCUUAAGUACCCUCCUCAACCAGCCGCUAGAACACAGAGGAAAGCUGCUGCUGCGCAACCCCAACUCCCUGCAUUAUCGCUUUGCUAAGAUCAACAUAGAGGUUUGAUUGAAACAUCCUAACACGUGCAGAACUUUAUCCCAAAAAGCUGUCAAUUCUAGGUUUAAUGAAGUAAGUUGAUGCCAAGACUUUUGCAAUUAGAUCUUCAAGUAAUCUGACAGAGACCCUGUGCCUUGGCCAAAGAUAUGCAUGGGGCAUGACUCCCCGCUACCUGGUGACAUCGUUCAGUUGUGUAUUUUGUACUUUAGGAAGAGACGUCCUCAUUGUUUCAGGUGAGAGUUGCUUGUUUUUGUUUUCAUAUCAGUGUCUUUGUAAGAGGGAUGCUCCACCAAGGGAUCAGCUGAUUAUUGGAAAUGAAUGAAAGCCUUGUUUUUUUAGUUAGAUUAUUUAGGCCUUUUAUCAAUUGUAUUAACAAAAGAAAUUCAUUUUACGUCACUCUAUAUUCAUUUCACAUCACGAUGCUGAGAGUAUUUAUGUUCAUCAUGACAUUUGGUUGUUUGACAAGGCAAAUUAAUUGGUUUGAAUUUCUGACAUGUCUGUCUAAAAAUACCACAGCACUGAAGAGGUUUUGGUUGAACAUAAGUUAAUAAAAUACCUAUCCUGUGCUUGACAGACUACGUCGGUGGAAAAUGACUGGCACCGUUAACUUGUGAAAAACCGCGGAAGUGUUUUAGCACACUUUACAGUUUCACCAGAGGUACACAUUAAGGCCUGGCUCUUAUAAAGUAAAUGCAUUGAGCAGCUGAUACUUCAACUUUCUUUCUUAUUAUAGCUACACAGGCACGAACAGCGGUUUCCCACACAUCCCAUAAUGUGUAGGAGGCAGAUAAGAGUUUUGUUGCUUGGUAACAUUAAAGUUUGGUAGCAGUUGA